GGUGCCCUACGACAGCGGCGAUGGAACAGAGGCUGGGCGUCCGCGUGCUCCAACAUGGGGAAUAAGCAGACCGUCUUCACGGCAAGGCAGCUGGACGCUUACCAGGACUGUACAUACUUCACAAGAAAAGAAAUUCUCAGACUCUUCCACCGCUACCACGAUCUGGCGCCGCAGCUCGUUCCCCUCGACUACACCGAGCAGCCAGAUGUGAAGCUACCAUACGAGCUGAUUGGCAGCAUGCCCGAGCUGAAGGACAACCCGUUCCGUCAGAGGCUCGCUGAGGUUUUCUCCGAGGACGGCCAGGGAAACAUGACGCUGGACGACUUCCUGGACAUGUUCUCGGUUCUGAGUGAGAUGGCACCACGCGACCUCAAGGCAUACUACGCUUUCAAGAUUUACGAUUUCAACAAUGAUGACUUCAUCUGCAAGUCGGACCUGGAGAAGACGCUGAACAAGCUGACGCGCAACGAGCUGACAGAGGACGAGGUGCGCAUGGUGUGUGAGAAAGUGCUGGACGAGGCAGACAUGGACAAUGACGGCCGUCUGUCGCUGGAGGACUUCCAGCACAUGAUCGUCAGGGCACCGGACUUCCUCAGCACCUUCCACAUAAGAAUAUAAGGAAGGGCAGUAAAUCCAACGAUCACCUCAGAAUGGAUUUACUAUUCUAUUGUACGGCGGAAGUUGAGGAGUCCUCACAUCUCUGCUUCCGGAUCUUUGGACGGAAACCACCGAUUUUUUUUAUACAUAUAUUUAACUCCUAUUAGAAACACUUUAUUCGAGCCUAUGUUAGAGUUUGGGUUUUUAAAUCUACGGGGGAUCCAGUGACCCCUGACUAGACGGGGCAGAAGCAUUCAGCACACACCUGCCACUAAGGCCCAGUUGUAAUGAAUGUAGUCAAGGUCCAUAGCGGGAACUGAGCUUGGUUGAGUCUCCACUGAAUGUCCGCCAGGACGUGGAAAUAAUAAAGCAUUAUGAUUGCU